GAACGCAGGGUGCUAGUUCGGCGGCUUCGGCCAUGGAGCUGGAGCUGCCCAAUGGCCCGGUGAAGCGAGAAAUGGUUGUGCAUGAAGCAGCCGUCCGAGGAGGAGGAGGAGGAGGACAUGGCGGCGACAUGAGGAUGAGGAUGGAUGUUACCGUGAGGAUCAACGCCGACAUGUUUCACUGCCCCAUCUGCUUCCGCCCCUUCAAGCCUCCCGUCUUCCAGUGCGAAGGCGGGCACUUGGCUUGCGGCAGCUGCGUCGUGGAGCUCCCCUGGCAACAGUGCGGCAAAUGCGAGCACGGCGGCGACUUCCACGCCUGCCCCUUGCUCGACACCUUCGUCUCCUCGGCCAGCGUCCAGUGCGACCACCACGGCUGCGGGCGCUACGUCACCUACCACGAGGCCGGCCAGCACCGGAGCGCGUGCCCGCACGCGCCCUGCUCCUGCGCGCUGCCCGGCUGCGGCUUCCUCGGCCCGCCGCCGGCGCUCCUCCUUCACCUCAACGCGCUGCACUCAGUGCCCGUGCACGACGUCCCGUACAGCAAAGCGCUCCUGCUGCAGGUACAGGCGUCGCCGGAGCCGCGGCACCUUCUUCGCGGGGAGGAGGACGGCCGCGCGUUCCUCCUGGUCGCCGGCGCGCACGGCCCGGGCGCCGCGGUCACCGUGUCUGUCGUGUGCAUCAGAGCGGGCGCGUCCCCGUCGCCGCGCUACUCGGUCAAGCUGUGGGCCAACGGGCCACCGCCGCCGGCCAACCGCAAGAUGGACACCAUCUGGGCGGACUUUGAGGCGACGAGCAGCACGUCGCCGGGCACCGUCGCCCUGGAGGAGCUGACGUCUUUCUUGACGGUACCACCGCGGUAUCUACAUGGGGCUGGGGCGUCCAAGGAGUUGCCUCUCCACGUUCGCAUCGACAAGAUCACCUCCUGA